UAGGUCGUGGCGAAGGCGCUGUGAAGCUGCUCGCGCGCGACGAGGAGGACGACGACGGAGUAGUUUACCCUAAUAUCUUGGAGAAUGAGGGGCGCUGGAUCCGUGAGAGCGCCAUGGCUAUGGUCGUCGCCGCGCGACGGAUCAACAAAGGCUGCCGCCAACGCGCUCUGAGGUAUGGCCGGACGAAAAUGCAGUUCCCCCAUUCCUCGCCGCCGCCCCUUGCUUUGUUUUCUUGUGGCUUGGCCCUUUGCCCGUCCAAAGUCCCAGAAGGAAUAGUGGCGCUCCUCCCCAUUUUGGUUUGGAGAGAUUUUUAGCAGUCUAGCGUCCUUGUUAGGGAGUCGGGCCCUUUUUUUCUUUUCUUCCUUUGCGGAGUUCCUUCCUCUUUUUCGUUGUUGCCUUGGGCAUAAAUUUGCCUUCGUUCGUCCGGCACCUCGCUCAUGCGGUCCAUGUGUUCACGCUGUUUGGGUUCCACUUGCUCACACGAAAGCCUUUUCAUGGAACUUUCAUGAAUGCCUUGUCGGCACGUUGCCAUUCCGGUUGACUUUGAUGCUUGCAAGUUCGUGUCAAAGAGCGCGCAAUUGCUGGAGGAGGUUGCUUACUCGUUCUAGAAGUUGGGAUCUCUGACUUGUUAUUUUGCUUUGAAGCGGCCCGUGCCCCUUUCCUCUCUCCUUUUAAGGCUUUUCGUUGACAGUAAAGAGGAGGAAGUUUUGCUUGUAGGAGGCCGAGUUAUGGGGCCGGAUUUCCUUGUGCACGUAUGGAAGAGUGCGAGGAAAUGCUGGAGUGGAAGAUCUAAGCGCGGUGGGGAUGCGGAGGAUCUACUGGCGAUUGCUGAUGGAGACGAGCAUGAAGUCCACUGCAACAAUCCGCCUCUCAAUGCCCCUUUCAGGUAUCCAGACAAUAGAACCUGGACUACAAAGUAUACAUGGUACAGUUUCGUACCGAGAUCUUUGUUUGAGCAGUAUCGGCGAGCAGCUUAUUGGUACUUCACGGCUAUGGCGGGGCUGUCGCUAACGCCCUUCAGUCCAUACCGACCAGUCAGCGUUAUUUUGCCCCUUCUCUUCGUCAUUGCCCUCGGCAUGGCGAGAGAGCUCUGGGAGGAUGUUCGUCGAGCACGAGGGGAUCGUGAGAUUAAUUCCAGGCCCGUGACAUGUUGCACGAGAGGCACGGCACAAGUGAAGCUGUGGAGGGAGCUUCUGGUCGGAGAUGUGGUCAAAGUCAAGGACAAGGAGUUCUUCCCCGCAGAUCUACUGCUUCUGCAAUCCAGCAAUUCCGAUGGAGUGUGCUACGUUGAGACGAAGAACCUCGACGGGGAGACUAACUUAAAGGUCCGACAAGCGUCGCAAAGUACAUGUCAUUUGGUUAGCGAUGAAAGCUUCAAGGACUUUGAUGCGGUUCUGAAGUGCGAGCCUCCCAACGCCUCGCUUUAUACGUUCAGCGGCAGGCUGGAGUUUCCGAAUGGCCAGGUUUCUCCCAUGGGACCGCCGCAGGUGCUUCUCAGGGACUCCUGCCUCCAAAACACGGAUUACGUAUACGGGGUGGUGAUUUACGCGGGACGGGACACGAAAGUCAUGAGAAACGCCAUCAAUCCACCGUCGAAACGCAGCCGCAUGGACCAGAAGCUGGAUCACAUCAUGUGGGUUAUGUUUGGGAUACUCUUCGUCAUGAGCUUGGCAACGGGUCUAGCAGGUGGCCUCUUGACGAGGUUCCGACUGUCGAGGCUGUUCUACUUCAGGCCUUUCGAGGACAAUCCUUAUUACAAUCCCAGGAGAGCAGCCAUCGCUGGUAUCAUCGCGUUUGUAAACGGCCUGGUGUUAUAUGGCUACCUUAUCCCGAUCUCUCUCUACGUCACGCUGGAGAUUGUCCGAGUGAUCCAAGCCUUGUUUAUUGGCCAGGACCUGGGCAUGUACGACGAGGAGACUGACCGGCCUGCGAAAGUGAAGUCUUCCGGGUUGAACGAAGAACUUGGACAAGUGGAUACCAUCCUGUCCGACAAGACUGGAACGCUCACUGCCAACCAGAUGGAUUUUUGCAAGUGUACCAUCGAUGGGACUUCAUAUGGGACGGGAUCUACAGACGUUGAAAGAGCGUCCAAGAGGCUGGGAAUACCUUUCCUGGAGGCCCACGCCGAGGAUGCUGACACCAGUGAUCCGGUUGUGAAGGGGUUCAACUUCCAGGACGACCGGUUGAUGGAUGGGAAGUGGCUGAAACAGGAGAAUGCCGACAGGAUUAAGCUUUUCUUCCAGACGCUCGCUCUCUGCCACACAGCGCUACCCGAGGGUGAUAUUGCGGAUCCAAAAUCUAUCCAGUAUCGCGCUGAGUCUCCCGAUGAGACUGCUCUUGUGGUGGCGGCCCAGCAGUUUGGAUAUGUUUUCUACAAGAAGACCCCGACUACUCUAUAUGUGAGGGAGAUAACUGGAACCAAAGGAGAAACUGCUGAUAAUGCUUACGAGCUUCUAAAUGUGCUGGAGUUCAGCAGCGCCCGGAAACGCAUGUCGGUGAUCGUGCGCCUUCCAGGAGGUAACAUCGUGCUUCUAUCGAAAGGUGCUGAUUCCGUGAUGCUCGACCGUUUGGAUCGCCAUGACGAAGAACAUAUAUCCAUAACACUGGACCACUUGCGAACUGCAGGAAUCAAAAUAUGGGUUCUAACGGGAGACAAGAUGGAGACCGCUAUUAACAUUGGCUACGCAUGCAGUUUACUGCGACCCGGCAUGGAUAAACUCAUCGUAAGCCUGGGAGGAUCGUCAGUGCAGGUUCUUGACGAGAAGCUGUCGCAUGGAGGAUUGUCCCCGGACGAAAGAGCGAGAAGAAGAAAAGAUGAGCUGCAAAAUUUGGUUCGUCAGCAACUCGACGACGGCCUGAGAGCCUUCGAGAGCAACAUUGAGCUGGAUGAACUUCCACGCGGGAACUCGUCAAGUCGUCAUGAAGGAGGGUCUGGCAGGUUUGCUAAUAUCCUUCAAAGAGACAGCGGAGGUGUCUCAAGCUUUCGAUCCUUUGGAAGCCAGAACCUACAGAGAACGAUGUCGAGAGAUAGAAGCAGCUACACAAAGAUGGACGACGCUGUGAAUGAUGCCUAUGCACUUGUUAUCGAUGGUGAUUCACUGGCAGUCAUACUGACGGGAGAUUUGCAGAACUUAUUCAUGGAGCUAGCUACAAAAUGCUCCUCGGUUAUUUGUUGUAGAGUUUCACCCAAGCAGAAGGCAUUCGUGGCGAAGCUGGUAAUGAAGGGAUUGGGUAAAGACAGGCUUUGCCUGGCUAUAGGCGACGGGGCAAACGACGUGGGAAUGAUCCAGGUUGCCAACGUUGGUGUAGGGAUUAUUGGCGUCGAAGGUGCUCAGGCUGCUAUGGCUGCCGAUUUUACCAUCGCAAAGUUCCGAUUUUUGGAGAGACUACUCCUUGUACAUGGUCAUUGGUGUUAUAGACGUAUUUCGGUCAUGAUUCGCUACUUUUUGUUCAAAGUCUGCCUCAUAGGCUGGAUUUCUGUCUACUCGAAUAUUUUCACGGUGUUUUCGGGCAAUCCUCUCUACGACGACUGGUACGCAUCCUUCUACAGCACGGUGUUCACCGCACUUCCUGUUGGAGCGGUGGGAACGACAGACCAGGACGUUUCCGCCGACGACUGCAUAAGAUACCCGCAGCUUUACCGAGCAGGCCAGAGGCAGCAGUACUUCAACACGAAGCUGGUGUUUCUAUCUAUCAUCCACUCGGUCUACGCAUCGCUCGUCAUCUUCUUCUUCCCGGUGGCACUCUACUUGGUCUCGGCGUUCCGAUCAAACGGGCAGCCAGCCGCGCUCCAGGACUUCGGAGCGGCACUCUUCACCGGACUGGUCCUGGUACCCAAUCUCCAGCUCUUCACUUACGUGCACUACUUCACCUGGAUCCACCACUUCCUGAUCUGGGGCAGCAUUCUCGUCUGGUUUCUCUUCCUCAUCGUCUACGGCUCGCUAUCGCCAGAGCUAUCGACCGGGGCUUUCAGGGAGUUUGUGGAAGUCUUGGCACCGUCCCCGAGCUACUGGCUGCUACAACUCUUGGUGGUGGUGGUGGCGAUCUUUCCAGAUGUGAUCGUCCGGAGCUUCCAGUGGCUGCUCAGGCCAGCGGACUACCAGAUCGUGCUGGGCUUGGCGAAGUUUAAGAGUCAGACUACCACUACCACGCCGGCUCCAACACCGGCCUAGAGACGAUUUUUGCUUUGCCUGUGAUGGAUCGAUGUUCUUAUCGUUUCCUGUGGUCGUGAUGUUUUUCCAGGGGAAGUUUUCCUAUGGUCUUUAAAAACUCGAGCUUAAAAUUUGAAUUUGAAAGUUAAUUUUAAAAAUUGAA